AUGUCUGCAACUUUAAAUGAUCAAGUGGUCCAACUCGUGUUUGGGCUGGCCAACAUGAGCGUGGAUAUACCCUUUACAAGUGUUUCUUUACCUGUACUCGACGUGUUGUUUGCUGUAUUGAUCCAUUACUCUUAUCGAUCUGCUUUAGGCGUCUCACACAGUCAAGUGGGCUGGUACCAAGGAUUGUUGGCGACGUUAGUAAUGGCUACUGGUGGUGGAUGUACGGUUGCAGUAUUGAGAGGUGAGCCUAUUGGUAUUCUUAAGAGUAACCAGUUUUGGGGUAUUCACUGUACCACCUAUCUCGCCAUGUUUUCCAACCCAUACGUUUAUCAGCUGGUUGAUUUCUUAUUUACGAUACCCGUUGUUGAACAUGUUUUUACUUUGUCCGAUAGUGUUUUGCGUACUUUGGCCAUGAUCCAGGUUGGAAUUGAAGGUGUCGAUUCAAACCCAGCUCUCGGAGCAGAUAAAUUCGUAGCCAAAGUGUUGUGCGGCACUUUAGCUGGCUGUGGUGGCGGUUUAUGGAUCGGUAAGUUAUUUUUAUAUUUUCGUGUAAAAUAUAUAUAA